UCAUGUCACGCUUCGAAUCAAAGCCAUACCACUUGACAAAUUUUCUCGGGAAAAUUUUUGCGAGCCGAGGAGAGAAGGUGUGGGCGAAUUUUCUUCUGACGAAAGAUGCAUUCUUUAAGUAUUAAGGUUUUCACGGAUUUCAAUACGGGGAAUACGAGGCGGUUGCCUGGCCGGGGAAGCUCCGGGUUCGCUGAGAUCGAGGAGUGCACGAGAAGGCAAUGGCUGAAUUGCAGGGAUUUCGGGAGGAAUUGUAGGAUUGUGGCGUGUGCUUCGCAGCGAAACGGUAAUGGUAGCGGAGCGGGUCCGAGCUCGAGUCCGAGUUCGAGUUCAAGUUCGUUCUUGUCUCGGAGUCGAACCUACGCUCUGUUAAAGCAGCAAAUGGAGGUCGCCGCCAAAUCGGAGGAUUACAAAGAAGCCGCAAGGAUACGUGAUUCGUUGAAAUUAUUUGAAGAAGAAGAGCCGGUUUUGCGGUUGCGGAGAUUGAUGAAGGAGGCAAUUGCUGAGGAGAGGUUUGAGGACGCAGCUAAAUAUCGUGAUGAAUUGAAGGAAAUCGCACCACAUUAUCUCUUAACAUGUGCAAGUGAUGCAACGACCUUUGGGAUCAGGGUUCAAGUCAGGAGUGUUUACAUAGAGGGCCGAAGUCAACCUUCGAAGGGGCUGUGCUUCUUCGCAUAUAGAAUAAGAAUUACCAAUAAUUCAGACCGCCCUGUUCAGCUUCUCAGAAGACAUUGGAUUAUUACUGAUGCCAAUGGAAAAGUUGAGAAUGUCUGGGGUAGUGGAGUUAUUGGUGAGCAGCCUGUUAUACUUCCUGGGACAGGUUUUGAAUACUCAUCUGCAUGCCCUUUGAGCACUCCCAAUGGCAGAAUGGUAAGAUGGGAUAGUUUUGAUAGAAAACUACUCAUAUCCCCAGCUAGGGGUGAGUAUUGGUUCGGUCGAUAUCGAUAA